AUGGAUGGUGCUAUUGCAAGUGCACUCGCGCUGAAUCACCUUAUUCGGCUGAAAGACAAUUUCAGACCUGAAAUUUUGAAGGAUUGGGAUAAGCAGUUCAGGGAUCAGAUCUUCGAAUACCUUUACUUCGGAAUGAGUAAAUUUCAGAUGCAACAUGAAGUGGCUGAGGUGGAACGUGAAACGGAUGCAGGCUUGUAUUGGUGGUCAUAUCGCGAGUUCAUCGAAGAUGUUCAGAGUUCCUUCAAGAAGAUGCACGCAACAUUGAUCUUCUCUGGAUACAUUCUCAUUUUCCUUUGUCUGUUGGCAUGCCUCACAACUAAUGCCUAUCAGAGUAAGCCAGUGUUGGGCGCGAUCAUUGGUAUGAUCAUAAUAAUUUGUUGUAUCGUUGGAUUUGCGGUACAGUUCGCCGGUGCAGCGAGUUUCAAUGUUGUCGUAUUUCCAGUAUUUUUCAUUAUAUCGGGUAUUGGAUUGCUGAUAUUGUUUUCACUGGAGAGCACAUGGUCAAAGUAUUCGAACGCUGCUUGCGAUCCACUCGAGAAGCUAUCGUUGAUAAUGAGUUGGGAUGGGCCUUGUGCUGCUAUCAGUUCAUUAAUUAUCAUCAUUGCUUUUCUGAUAGUUGGUUCAAGCACGGCGAAUCCUUACCUUCAAUAUGUAUCAUUUGUUUUGGCUGCAGCAAUCGCGAUAUUGUUGAUAUUCACAGUGCUAUUCUUUACUGUAUUCUUGUACAUGAGCGGACGUCAUGAAACAAUGGGUCUAAAAUGGUAUCAGUGCUUACAACCUGGCGAUAGUCAUUUUGCACCUCGUACGAUCAAGGACUACAAUGAGGUGAGCAUAUCGCUGCUUCACGAUAAACUCGUUGAAAUCAAACCAACGAUCGCCCACCUGGUCGCAUCGCUAAUUUCCAAUCAUUAUGUGAAAUGCCCGAUUGCGUUCAUUUUCGCAAUCUAUUUGGUUUUUGCCGUUUGGGGUUGCAAAGACUUCAAGUUAGUGACUCAAUAUCAUCUUAUUGAAAUCGCCAUCAAAAGAGUUGAGAUUCAAAUCGCUUUAUAUUUGGGGGUUUUGCAAUGGAGCAGUGAGUCUCGUCUAUACAUGCAACAAUAUCGUGAUAUGUUCGGCAAAUAUGAGGAGUAUUUGGAGUUGAUUUUCGAUGAACCAAUCGACUAUCACGAUCGUGCACGAAAACAGGAAAUCCUCACAUUUAUUGACUGGCCUGUUGUAGUUUCGUUACAGCAAAACCAACUGGCGACUAGAUCAGUGAGUUGGUUGAAGGAUUUCUCACGAUUCGAGAGUUCCACCAUAUACGAGAUUAAUUCNGUGAGUUGCGAAACUUCGAAUGAUACUUUCGUACCAAUCGUAAGUUUGGUCUUCUUGAAAGCCGAUAACUUCAAGAAAUAUCACUCUGAUAUUGUGUUCGAUAAGUAUCAAACACAAAUUAUCGCAUCAAAGAUGUACAUCGAACUGAGUACGAAAGGCGUUGAAGAGAGGCUAUCACUAAUUGAUGAUCUGAUAGCAAAGGCCAAAUCGCUUGGUCUGCCGCUCACAAUCAAGGCACCAUUUGCGUUCUCAAUUCAGCACGAUUUACAGGUACUCGCUCACAUUUUAUCGAUUGUCUUUAAUUCUAAUUGUAUCAACGGUUUUCACUAG